CCCCAUUCAAAGUGAAAGUAGCCAUUACACUUCCUUUUAAGCAGAACGUUAAUAACAGUAAAUGUCAGAAUCUCUUUUAGUUCAGAAAUAUCCGUCUUUUAUUAUAAAUUAGGAUGUCAGGCUCCAGCGGUGGAUGUGACAAUUUCAACAUUAAGACACAUUCUAUAACAGAUGAAUACAUUGUCUUGUGGAAGGAGAAGCUAGGAACUGGUAUCACAGGGCCAGUCAGACCAUGCAUCAAGAAAGACACCAGGGAAAGGUUUGCCUUGAAAUGCUUGAUGGAUGGUCCUAGGGCCCACACAGAGGUCAAACUACACAGACUCUGCAGUGACCACUCCAACAUUGUACGUGUACUCGAUGUCUACGCUAAUGAUGUUCUAUUUCCUGGGGACCCCCACCCCAAAGCACGCUUAUUAAUGGUAAUGGAAUUUAUGGAGGGAGGGGAGCUUUUUGAUAGAAUCAGUAAGGAAAGUGGGUUCACUGAAAGAAAGGCUGCUAAGUACCUCCGCCAUAUCACAGAAGCAGUAUACCGGUGCCACAGUCUUAAUGUUGCCCACAGGGACCUCAAACCAGAGAACCUCCUGCUGAAAAAUAACUCAGAGGAUGCAGAGAUAAAGCUGACUGACUUUGGCUUUGCAAAGGUGGAUGAUGGUAAUUUACAGACCCCUCAUUUCACCCCUUAUUAUGUUGCACCUCAGGUAUUAGAGGCUCAAAAAUACAAAUCAAAACAGAGAAAAGGAGUUAUACAGACUUCCAAACCUUAUACUUAUGACAAAAGCUGUGAUAUGUGGAGUGUAGGAGUCAUUCUGUAUAUUAUGCUGUGUGGUUACCCCCCUUUUUACUCAGAAACUCCAUCCAGACACAUCACCUCAGAAAUGAAAAGAAAAAUUCUUUCAGGGAAAUAUGAAUUUCCUGAAGAGGACUGGAAGUUCAUUUCAGAUGCAGCUAAAGAUGUUGUCAGGCGGCUCCUGCAUGUGGACCCUGGCUGUAGGAUGAAUGUCCAGGAGCUGAUGUCCCACCCCUGGCUCACAGAUGCCCCAGACACGGUGCUUCAGUCCCCAGCCGUCUUCUCUAACAAGGAAGGAUUAGAAGACAUCAAGUUGGCUCAUGCAGAACAACUCACUCAGAUGAGAUUGCCCGACGUAUCUAUCACACUCAAGUCUAUUAACGAGUCCCAGAGCAUCAUUAUCAGGAAACGCAAACAUAGGCAAAACAGUCAAGAAGAGAAUAAUGCAGAAACAAAACUAAAGAUUAGAGAAAAUGAUCUGAAAUUAAAACCACUACGAGAUAUCAUUGCUUACUGUCUUAUGCCACCAAAAGAUGAAAAAGAAGGCAUGUUGAACCGGCUGAUAUUGAAUGCGGUGAACAGUGUGUGCUGCAACAACAAGCUCCUGUCAAUACUAGAGCAGUGGUCGUGGGAUGGAGAAAAGUUUCAAACAAAGGUUGAAAAAAGGAAAUUUGCACAGCAGCUUAGUGAACUUGUGAAAUCUAUGACAGAUGUCAAUCCUGAUGAGAGCAAUAGCUGAUGAUAUGUGAACUAUAGAUUUGUUUACAGUUCAUAAUGUCACACAAUUAUCAUGACAUGAUUUUGUGAAUGUUAUAUAUCAUGACUAAAUUACCUAGGCGAUGUCUUAUUCAUUAGCAUAGAGCCAUUUUUACUGAAUAUUAAUGCCUUGUGUAGUUUUAAUAUCAAUAACAUUGAAUUUUUUUAUUUAUAUCCCUAUAAUGUUAGUGAUAGUGUUCAGUAUUAUCUAUUUUGAGUAAAUAUGGUAUGGGACAAUGAGCUGGAAUACUGGUAUGUCUGUGCAAGGAAUUCAUUUUCAUGCUUGUUAUUAAAUUUGCUUACCAUAUUCCAUCUCACUUCAGUGAUAUGAGUAAUUGUUAUCCCAGUGAUUUCAGUAAAACGAAAAGCAAAUACAAAGUCAACCAAAACUAGCAUGUUAUAACCAGAAUUAAAUUAUUUGGAUAGAGACGAUAGGAGAGCCAUGGUCUCUCCGGAAUGCAUAAUAGGAAUGUGAUACUUUGGUACCGGUUAUAAACAUUGUGUACUAUGUGGUCCCAUGUUGUCAACGUUUUUAAGAGAUUUUACAAAUUAUUUAUUACAUGCCUUCGAUGUUGUGCAAUUACUUUACGUUGUAUUAUUGUAUACACAUAUUUACAUUUGAUGCUGACCAAAUAAAAGAAGUUUAAUAC